AUGGACGUACAAGGCAGGAGAACCACAAGAGCACUUUCAAAUGUCAACGAGAAUGUAGUGAAACGAACAGCAGCUGGGAAGGACGCUUUAUUGACAAGAAGACCAGCACUCAAGGAUCAACGAAAUGGAGCCAAUAUUGUGGCCACCGAAACAGGAGCUAAGCCCAUAGCACGGGCUACUAGGUCAGUUGCUGUGAAAAACAAUGUAGUCCAACCUCAACAGAAUCAGCAGAAGAAGGAACGACUUCCAGACAAAAUCCACCCAGAAGUUAUCGGUAUUGAUCGGGAAAUUCAGUACGUCGAGUACUGUGAUCAG